AUGGCCGCGCCAUCAAAGAAACACCAUGACACGAUCAUGGCAAGAGCAGUCAUGCUGCCCAUCACAAACUUCAAUCCUGGCACGCCCCGUCUCGAUGGCAUUGAACCGCGUCUGAAGCAAAUGAUUGCAAAGUCCGACUCGCUCGACAGUCAAGUGAGAAUGUUCACCGCUGCAUUCGAACCCAAUGCCAUAAGGGCAAACGACACACGCCCGGAAAUCUCAGAACAGACGACUGCCGAAGUACUCACAGCCCUGGACUCGAUCCGCAGAGUGACAGAGUACAAUGCGCGCGCAAAGGAGUCCAGACAGUUCCUAAACGACACGCUGAAAAAGUACAACAAGUCUGGUGCCACGGCUGGAGGAGCAGAGCGCAGGCAGAGUGCUGGUCCAGCCCCUGUUGCGCCGAUGAAGGCCUCGCCGGUUGUGGCUAUGGAGGGUGUGCAGAGGACGGUCGUGGCACCGACUGCGUCCAUGAUGAAUGCUCUUGUGCCUACCACUCGGCCUGCACCUUCUGCAGCACAGACAGUCUCCUACCCGACUACUUCCAACAUUGAUGCGAGCAGAGAUCCCAGAAGACGCUAG